CAGCUGUAGCAUCAGUCUCAAGGUAGACAGCAUUAUCCAGGAUCCAUUCUCCAGGAUCCCUCUCUCCCUCUUUCUCUCACUGAAGAGAACAUAAUCCAGAGCCGUCAUGUCUUCCAGUUUCUCUUUGCGGAGCUUCUCUGUGGGCCGCCAACCCUCCUUCUCUAGUCUAUCUCUGAGAGACAGUGGCCGUGCCCACUCCAGAGCCGCUGUGUCCUUUGCCUCCGCCAGCCCCCUGACCCGCUCUGCAUCCAUCAGCCGCGACAUGAGUGGCCAGCCCGUCACCUUGAACCUCAAUGGGCAGCUGGGUAACCAUACCAACGAGAAAGAGGCAAUGCAAGGCCUCAACAACCGCUUGGCCACUUACCUGGACAAGGUGCGCUCACUGGAGAAGUCCAAUUCAGAUCUGGAGCUGCGGAUCAAGCAGAUAAUGAUUGAGCGCAUCCCUGAAGGUCACGACUUCAAAACCAUGAUGGCCCAGGCCCACCAGGUGGAACAGGAGGUGAGGAGGAAGACACUGGAGAACGCUCGCCUCAUGCUGGAGAUUGACAAUGCUAAACUUGCAGCUGACGACUUCCGGAUUAAGUGGGAGACAGAGAUAUGCAUGUCCCAGUCUGUGGAGAGGGACUGCUUGGCCCUGAAGAAGGCCAAGGUGGACCAUGAGCAGAUCAUCAUGUCCCACAGAGGAGACCUGGACAGCCUGAAGGAAGAUCUCUACUUUCUGAAGAAGAACCAUGAGGAGGAGGUGGAGUCUAUGAAGGGCCACAUCGCUGCUCAGACUGUUAACGUGGAGGUGGACUCAGGCCGUGGUGGACCUGACCUGGGGACAGUUAUGUCAGAGCUCAGGACUCGGUACGAGGGCAUCGUCAAGAAGAACAAGGACCAGGCUGAGCUGUGGUACCUCAAGAAGCUGGACACGGUGCAGAACGAGGUGAAGGAGUCUAACGAGGCUCUGAGGGGAGCUCAGAGUGAGCUGGUAGAGAGGCGACGCUUCCUACAGACCCUGGAGGUAGAGCUGGAGAGUCUGUACAAACAGGUGGCAGCUCUGGAGGGUAACCUCAGCGAGACAGGUCAGAAGUACAGCCUGGAGAUGGAGCGCCUGCAGGCCACGCUGUCCCAGCUGGAGGAGGACCUGUCUCAGCUGCGUCUGGACAUGCAGCGCAACAAGACAGACUACGAACAGCUGCUCCGCAUCAAGCAGAACCUGGAGAUGGAGAUUGCAACCUACAGAAGACUACUGGAGGGAGAGGAGACGAUUAAAGAAAUUCCCCCACCAAAAAAAGAGCCAGAGGUGUGGACCAGGAAGAUAGUGAAGGUGGUGACACAGACCAUGAUCAACGGCAAGGUGGUGGAUGAAUCCAGCGAGGUGGAACAGAUAGAGGAUGAAGUGAAGAAGAAGUGAGACGGGCAUAAUCGUCUUCAUCCUCCUCAUCACUCCUAACACCUGACACGCCUCCUCCGCCAGACACAAAGGGCCAGCCAACCCACUGGCCGUAAAGGGCUCCCACUAACACGGACGUCUGUUUAAUUCCCAUCAGAGUCUUAGUCUUCUCUGUUUCUCUCUGGAGUAUCCUGCAUUACCUCCUUCACAUGUCUGGAGAUAAUGAGAUGUGCUGUAGGUGAAUGGGAUGUCUGCUACGGCAUCCAUUUUAAGAAGUCCCUCAGUUGUCAAAUGAAGCUCUCUCUCAGUUGUGUCCCCUCCUCUAUCGUGGUUGUUGUUGAAUAAAAGGUUUUGCUUUGCGUAUGAAACUAGGUAUUUCUAGAUUUAGGGAACAAGUUGUCCAUACGGUAGAUCUCUUUCAUUUGAAUUGCAUUUCCUUUGUUUUUUUGUUUUCCGACAUGCGUCUGUUUGUAUUCUAUAAACUUCUGUAAGGACUGAAAUAAAGGUUAGUCAUCAUU